GGUCGGUAACUGGUAUCACAGUAUACAAUGCAAGUCCCGAAAUUAAUGUUUGCUAUCAUUUUGGUGGCAAUCAUCUGUACAUGUUCUUCAGCCCAUGGCUACUGUCACCGGCAACGGGAUAACAUUCAGUCUGAGAACACUUCCUUGUUAUAUGCUGAUGUCAACAUAACAACACUAAACCGAGAUUUUGAAACAACCGAAAAUAGCUUUGAUGUGCUGUAUUUCAUUGAUCAACCAUGUACUCUAAACAUCUAUAUGAACAUUAAAAAUGUAACUCUAUCGGAAUCCUUUUCCGAAGCGAUCCCCAAUCUUAUAAUGCAGUGCAAGAUUCCUGAUCCAUUAAUUCAAACAAGCGUUCCGUAUUCAGCGAUAGUACGCGUUGGAAAUCGCUCGGUAAACGAAGGGCCCGUGUUACCGAAGCAUGACUUACCGGAUUGGUUUGACGAUUUGGUAAUUCAGUUUUAUUUUGAAAAUCUUUUUGCGAAGGAGCAUAUUGUUGAAAGCUGUUUUCUGAUGCUAAGACAAAUACAAAAUACAAAACUUGCAACUAGUUCUUUCAAUAUCCAAGUUUUAGGUUGUCCGCCACAAAAGUUUGGCUUGAAUUGCAAUGGAACAUGUACGUGUAAGGCCGGGGUCCAGUGUCACAGCUUCAGUAGUGAAUGUUUGUGUCCGAGAGGCCUACAGGGUGAAACAUGUGAUGAACUCAGUCCGGUUUUGGAUGUGAGGUCACCAAAUGAUGUAUACCUUGUUUGGGGGUCAGAUUAUGAGCUGGUUUGUACUUCUCAUGGCAUUGCCCACGCCGACCUACAAUGGAUAAAGGCUGGGGAAAAGUUAGAUGUCAACACAACGACUAUUCCAGAAAGUUAUUUGCCUCACCGAAUACGAAUUGAAAGUAAUUCCGAUAUUGGGCUCUAUCAACUAAAAAUUACCAAUGUCAACCUACAAGACGAGUCUUUCUAUAGAUGCUACGUCGGACAUAUAUUCACCAAUGACGAUUUAACGUACUUUGAGUCGCAAGUCCUGGUAUAUAUUCAUCCACAAGAACCAUUUCCACUGAUUAGAACAACUGGGCAAGACGAUAAACUUGAAACGUAUGAUGUUAACAUUGGUGACGUCAUCAACAUUAAAUGUGAAGCUAAUCUCAGUAAGCCAACUGUCAAAUUAUCAUGGUUUCUUGAUGACUUCCAUGUAAAGGCAGCUAAUGAAUACACAGAGACAGAAGAUGGUAUAACAUAUAAUACAUCAAUUGAGUUUUUAAAGACUGCGACAGUGGCGGACAACAAGAAAACACUAGAGUGUGCAGCUGAAAGCCCAGCAAUUGAAAGACGGAGCAGCAUGUUGACCCUAAAUGUUACAUAUAAACCAUUGGUAGAGGUAAAUCCACAAUCCAUCACCACCGAAGAAGGUGAAGAUGUUUCAUUCACGUGUAACUCAACUGCUAAUCCAAUGCCCUUUUCAUACACGUGGAUUAUUGAACUCGACAAUGGAACGAAUCUACUUAAAGCCAGUCAAAACCUAAAACUGAAUAGAGUAACAACAGACUUUGAUAAUGCUAAAAUCAAAUGUGAAGUCGAAAACUCAAUUGGAAGAUCACAGGCAAACGUUGUAAAUUUUACAGUCAAUGGACCUGGAGAACCGCUAUUCGUGAUUUUACCCUGUGUAGGAUCGAUGUUUCUUUUCAUGAUCACCAUAUUUUCCGUGCUGGUGUAC